GCAAGAAUUUUUCUCGCUUUUCGUCAAUUUCAUUAAACUUGUUUUCAAAAUGUCUAAGCUCAAAAUUUAUAUCAAAAAUAUGCGAAUAUUUAUGCGUAGUGCGAUGUUCUCGCGAUGUAGAAAUGUCACGCAAGCAUUCACUGAAUUCUGAACGCACUUCAACAGACAUUCUUUCUCGAACAUAUGGAGCUUGUUAGGCCAGCAAGGUCAACUUUGAACGCAUGAAACGUGGCACUUCCAGAGAAGAAAUCCCGGGGAUGUAAUUGUAGCGCAUUUGUUUUCACAUUGAAUUUUGCAUGGUAAAAGAAGCGGCAGGAUAUAGGCACCGCCAAAACAAUAAGCUAAUUGCUAUUUGUAUUGCCCCUUUUGGUGCAUUUCAGGCGUAUAAUUAUUUUGUCAACACCGUGACAACACGCUCAAGUCACGUGACAAUGCAGCUUCGUAAACAUCCCUUUGUUGACGUUUUGUCACAUGAUACUGCUGGAACUAUUACCGGAAGGGAAUAUUUUUUUUUUUUUCAUUCGCGCGCAGUUUCGAGGCGUAUAGAGAACUUUUGCCGGCUUUUGCCUGCCAAGAAGCACCUCUUCGCAGAACAAGAAAAUGCUGUCCACCAUGCAAAAGGUGUGCUCUAUCUCAGCUCGCUGUCUUCGUCCAGUGGUGAAUUCGACGAGUAUUUUGACGCGAAAUGCUCACCAAGCUAAAGCCCAGACACCUUCAACGACUGGAAGUCCGAGCUCCGGCGAUUACGAUUUGAAGCUUGUAAACGGUUCUGUUUUGAAGAAUCCACGUUCAGAAUACAGAAUGGUGCGCCAGUACCAAGGAAAGAUUAAAGGGGUCAUCUUGGACUGGGCUGGUACUGUUGUGGACUGUGGUGUAUACUCGCCAGCUGUAGCUUUUUCGGAAGUUUUCAAAAAUGAGGGAGUCCCAAUCACAAUGGAAGAGGCAAGGGAGCCCAUGGGAACUCACAAGAAAGUGCACAUCUAUAAGGUCACACAAAUGGAGUCUGUGAGGAGAAGAUGGUUUGAAACGUUUGGCCGCUACCCCAACGACCAAGAUGUGGAUAGGAUGUAUGCCAACUUUGUUCCGUUGCAAAUAGCAUGUAUUGCGGAGCAUUCUCAAAUGAUCACUGGGGCUGUUGACACUGUAAAUUUCCUGCGUCACAAUAUGGGCCUAAAGAUAGGUUCAACAACUGGCUUCACCACACCCAUGAUGGAUGUUCUGAAACCAGCUGCUUCGGAUCAAGGCUACACCCCUGAUGUGUAUGUUGCUGCUGAUCAAGUACCUCAAGCCCGCCCAUACCCUUACAUGGUUUGGAUGAAUGCUAUUCAGCUGGAUGUUAAUCCCAUUGAGGCUCUUGUGAAGGUAGAUGAUACAGCAGAUGGUGUGAAGGAAGGAACAUCAGCUGGCUGCUGGAGUGUGGGCCUUGCCAAGACCGGGAAUUAUGUAGCCUUGAGUGAAGAAGAAAUAGCUGCUCUGAGUGAAGAAGACUAUGAAAGAAGGCUUGCCAGGUCUUACGAUAUUCUUGCUAAUGCUGGAGCUCAUUAUGUCAUUGAUACCAUCAAUGACUUGCCACCUGUGAUUGAAGACAUUAACCGACGUCUUGCUGCUGGAGAAAAGCCUUAAACAUGCAAUGACAUUUAACAUCUUUUGGUUACAAACAAGUUUUCAGCUAUCCUGAAUCACAACUUUUGUACUAGGGUGUUGGUGCUAAGUGCAUGUAUACUAAAUUUGGUUUCUUGUUCUUUUUAAAGCUUUUAAUUGACUUAGUGCUAGACAUGCCAUAAAUGCAGUGCACUGUAGUUCAUUUAUUGUGUUUUAAUACCCCGGUAGUUCACCACACAGCCUAUAAUAAAUUGCUUAUUACUGG